AUUCUCAAGCUAUUCUCUAACGUAUUCUUCUUUUAAUUCGGGGAAAAUAUCUGAAAAUUGUCAGAAAAAUAACUGGAAAUUUUUAUAGUCCCGGAGCUUCUUAUUCCAUAAGAUACUAAAUUUUGAAAAAAAAUGUCAAAAAGAUGUGCAAGUGAUAGAGAUGAUAAAGAUUCGGAGCCCGUUAAGAAACCCCGUUUUUCGAUUGCCAACAUUCUUGAUGAAGUAGAAGACGAGGAAGAUGUGGAAGUUGAUGUUGAAGACGUGGAUGACGUGGAUUUAUCAUCAAUUCCAUCGAAAAGUCCUGAAAGAUCAAGGGGUCGGCCGAAGAUUGGCUUGAAAAUGAAGGAAGGAAAUCUACCAAUCGAGUGCAAAUUAGAGGGGUCCGAGCUAUGGGCGAAAUUCUUCGAUUUGGGCACAGAGAUGAUUAUCACAAAAAGUGGAAGGCGAAUGUUCCCAACAGUUAAAGUUUCCUUCACAAAUGUAAUACUAGAUGCUCUAUAUUAUAUCUUCCUAGAUGUAGUCCCAGUGGACUCCAAAAGAUACCGUUACAUCUACAACAAAUCAGCUUGGCUCACAGCCGGUAAAGCGGAGCCUGUGCCAAAAAAUCGAUAUUACCUUCACCCGGACUCCCCAUUUACCGGUGAUCAACUGCUGAAGCACGUGAUUUCGUUUGAAAAGACUAAAUUGACAAAUAACGAGGUGGAUAAGACGGGUCAUCUAAUCCUAAACUCAAUGCACAAAUACCAGCCACGUAUUCACAUUGUCCAACGCCAGAAAGCCAACCCCUUGGACCCCAACAAAGUAGUGAUGAGUGAAGAAAAACACUGCACCUACACAUUUCCAGAAACACAAUUUAUGGCAGUGACGGCUUAUCAAAAUCAGUUGAUAACAAAGCUGAAAAUCGAGAAAAACCCUUUUGCAAAGGGGUUUAGGGAUCCUACAGGAAGGUCGCCGGAUGAAAUGGAAAGGUCCCCAGGCGACAUGAUGCUCUCCAACUUCUACCACUCCUCUGCUCUGCAGCAGGCAAUGUUUCAGCAGUGCCUGAGCAAGACUCUUCAGUUGAAUCCAUCAAUUAUGAUGCUUUAUCAGAAUGUUUUUCCAACGGGGAAUUCGUUGCCAGCAGCACCGACGGUACCCGGCAAUCCUGCAGAAAUUUCAAUAAAAUCAGAAUAGCUCGCUGCAAAUCGUCUUCCACGUGUAAAUAACGCAAUUGGCCAUUUUUUGCAAAAUCUUUAAUUUUUUAGUGUAAUUUUUCUGUAAUUUUUUGUGGUGGUAUUCAUAUGAUAUCCGGUUUUAAAUUUGUGUGCAUGCAUGUGUCUGAAUAUUUGAAUUUGAAUAAAAAAAUUGAUGUAAAAAAAUUAAUU